AUGAAAGAUGACAAUAUAAUGGACAUAGAGAAAAAGAAAAAUAAAUUAAAAAAAAAAAAGAAUGUCCUACAGGAUAGUAAAAAAAUAAAAAACAAAAAAAUAAAAAAUUCAAUCCUAAGUAACAAUGAUGAUAACCAGUUUAUCAAACAAGCCAUGAAACAAAUAAAGUUACUAAAAAAUAAGAAAUCAGAAGAUGAGAUAAUUGUGAAUAAAAAAAUAAAAAAAUCUAAGAAAGGUGAUAAAAUAAGUAAAACAAAGGAAAUAUUACCAUAUAAUGAUAAUAGUGUUGUGAAUAUAAAAAAUGUUUUAAGAAAAAAAAUAAAAGAACUAAAAAUAAAUGUAGAUAAUAAUAUAUACAAUGAUGAAAAAGAGAUAUUACCAAAGUUUAGUGAAAAUAAAAAACUUUUAAAAAAAAAAUUAAAAGAAAUAAAAAUAAAUGUAGAUAGUGAAAAUAAUGAAUGGUUAGAAAAAUUAGACCUGACUUGUUCAGAAAAUUUUUAUAUAAAAAAAAUAAAUUUAUUUGGAAAAUGUGAUAUAAGAGAAAAUGAAUUUAUAAAAUUUGCACACACAAAUGUAUUAAAAUGUUUACAAAAAUUACAAAAUUUAAAUAUCCCAUUUAAUAGACCAUAUGAUUUUUUAGCAGAAAUGUUAAAAACUGAUAUACAUAUGGAAAAAGUUAGAUCACACAUUUUAAAAAAUCAUGAAAUGUCUGAAAAUAAGGAAAAAAAUAAAUUAAAAAGACUUAAUAAAAAAUUUAAUAAAAAUGGUGGAUCAAUGAAAGUAUUAGAUCAAAAAAAAGCUAUUGAAAAAAAAAAGAAUCUUGCAAAAAUUGAACAAUUUAAGAAUAAUUUGGAAAAUUUAAAUGUUCACGACUUUUUCCAAAAGCAUUCAAAAGAUGUUGAUCAAAAUGAUGUGAAAAAUAAAAAAACAAAAAAUAAGCACAUUCAAAAGGGGGGCAAUAAAAAUAAGCACAAUGAAAAGGGAAGUAAUAAAAAUAAGCACAUUGAAAGGGGCGGCAAUAAAAAUAAGCACAAUGAAAAGGGUGGCAAUAAAAAUAAGCACAUUGAAAAGGGAAGUAAUAAAAAUAGUGGCAGUGGUAAGAAUAAAUUGGAUAAAGAUACAAAAAGUGGAUAUCAAAAAUCAAUAAAACGACCAAAUAAAAUUAAGCACAAAUUUUUGUCAAAGGGGAAGAAUGGAGGAAAAAAUCGAAAAAAGAAAAAAUUUAAGAGACGCUAA